AUGGCCCCUUCCGCGACUGAGACAAUUGCUGCACAGCCAGAAGCCGUCUUGUCUACAGCUGGUGCUGCCCAGACGACCAAAGUCCUUGUUAAUGGCGUGGAAAAGAAGGUGAACCCACCACAACUUCAAGUCCAAGGCAAGACCAAAGAUGGCAGAAAGUUGAAGAUGAGGACUCCGCCUAAAUUUGACAAGCUGGAGGAUGAGAGACUGUACCGCAAGCAGCAUCUUGCUGCUGCGUGCCGCGCUUUCGCAGACCGGGGAUUUGAUGAAGGCGUUGCAGGUCAUAUCUCUGUUCGAGACCCUAUCUUGACAGACCACUUCUGGCUCAACCCCCUUGUCAGACAUUUCUCUCUCAUGAAGGCCUCGGAUCUCAUCCUGGUCGAUGAAGACGGCAACAUUGUCGAAGGAGAUGAGCCUGUCAACCUCGCAGCUUUCACCAUUCACUCCGCCAUUCACAAGGCGAGACCAGAGGUCAAUGCGGCUUGCCAUGCCCACAGCGUAGCUGGCAAAGCAUUUGCGGCCUUUGGGCGUGAAUUGGACAUGAUUACUCAAGACGCUCUACGCUUCCACAAGAGCCACGUUGUCUACACCCAGUUCAAGGGCGUCGUCGACGACGAUGAAGAGGGCAAGCGUAUUGCACAGGCCCUUGGACAAGCCAAGGCGGCAAUUCUCAUGAACCACGGCCUCUUGACUGUCGGCCAGACAGUUGAUGAAGCCGCAUUCUGGUUCAUCAGUCUCGACAAGACAUGCCAAGCCCAGCUUUUGGCAGACGCUGCGUCUGCUGCGGGGUAUAAGAAAGUGUUUAUUGAUGAAGAUGAGGCCGACUACACCGUCAGUCAGGUGGGUGGUCCCGAGAAGGGUUGGCUCGCGUUUCAACCUUAUUUCGAUGAACAGGUCGCGAAGUCGAAAGGGGAGGUAUUGAAUUAA